CUAAGAUGGCAGUUCGUGUGGCGUGUGACAAAUGGCGGGAGUUGCUGUCAACCAUGGAAUCCCAGCUCCCAGACAGUGCCGGCGUAUAUGGCUUGUUAAAGACUUCUCUGAGCGGUGAUUGGCCAUACUACUCCUUCUGGGUUGACCAAUGGCCGAACGUUACAGUGGUGGUGGCCACGCCCUUACACAACGUGAUGGAUUCCUUCAGCGGGAGGUUUCAUCUCAUUCACGGACAGGAAGCGGAAGUUGUUACCAAGCUUCUCCAGCAUCCGGGCGUCGUGGACAAGGAGCGGGCGAUGACCUUCGACCUGCCUCCUCAUCUGCUGCCCGCCCUCCACCACUUGUCCGCGGGGGAGAGAGCUGACCUCGCUACCAUGGAGACCGGCAACGUAUACACCGUCGACGAGGGAGGCCUUGUAACCGCGUCUGUCCCGGACGACAUGGUCGUGCGUCACGUGACAUGUGAUGACGUCACAUCCGUAUCCUCUACCUGGGGUUACAGUGAUCCUGGGGUUACUUCCUUCGUGCAGAGACUGGUCGAAACCAGUCUACCGAGUGUAUGCGUGGGCACAUCAGAUAGCCAACAGACAGCUGCGCACGCACUUGUCCAGCCUCAUAACAUGAUCGGCAUGCUGUAUGUCGACAGCUACUUCCGGCGACGCGGCUUAGGUCGAUUGGCUGUAAGUCAUUUGGCCAAACAGAUAUUGAUGACGUCACCUUUAGCAGCUGCGAAAGCGGCAGACGACAAUCCCGCGUCGCAAGCAUUGAUGACAAGUCUGGGGUUUGAAUCUCAUUGUAAAUAUUUGAUUGUUUCAUUCACACCUAAUGCUCUGUCCUGACAGAGUGUUUUGAUGUAAGCUGUACUGGACUUUGGCUCACCUUGAAAACGUAUAAAGAUUAAAUAGAAAUUCAGAUCUUUGAUUGAAGUCUUUGGUUCUGGGCAUCAGAUGAUGAAAAACACAACAAAAAACCCAUUACUACUCAGUUCCCCUAUCAAUCUCAUUAAAAUCAGAUCUUAGUUCUCGCUAUCGCUAAACAAAGAUCUGAGGACAUCCCAUUAAGGGUCACGUCAGAGGGACCUUUCAUCUAAACAAUC